AUGCCGCGCACAGUUGCAGAAUCGCGUGGAGUGGUAGAGCCCUUCGGCAGCCAUAGUCCUUUCGCAGAACCAGCUUGGUACAACUCUCUCGCCUCUCCCUACUACAAGGACAGCCACCGUGCAUUGAGAAAAUACGCGCGCGAAUAUGUCAAGAGACACAUUGAGCCCUUUGCUGAGCAAUGGGAAGAAGACGGCAUAGUCCCAGAGGAGGCCAGGCGAAGCUUCAUCAAGGCAGGGUUUAUCUUUCAGGAUCUGCCUCCGCAGUAUCGGAAUGGGGUGCCCUUGCCUUGUAAUAUCCCCUAUGACGAAUGGGACAUCUUUCACUUCAUCAUUCUGCAAUACGAAUUGGCCCAGAUCCAUGGCGGCGUGAAUAGUGGCUUGAGUGGUGCAUCAGCAAUCGGUGCUCCUCCAAUUGUUCAUUUCGGCACAGACAAGCAGAAACAAGAAUGGUUACCAGGGAUCCUGAGCGGUGAUGUCUGCUUCUGUCUCGGUGCUACAGAACCCACUGGAGGUUCGGACCUGGCGAAUUUGCGAACCACGGCAAAGAAGGAUGCGUCAGGUAAGUUCUACAUUGUCAAUGGAAACAAGAAAUGGAUUACUAGCGCCGCCAUAGCCACACAUAUGACCACGGCAGUCCGAACAGGAGGCCCAGGGGCAGGAGGUGUAUCUGUCCUGGUGAUUCCAACGAAUUCGCCCGGGCUUUCCAUGCGCAAAGUGAAGAACAGCGGAAACAAUGCGGGAAAUAGCCAGUGGGUGACCCUAGAGGAUGUGCGCGUGCCUGUGGAAAACCUUAUCGGUGAAGAAAACAACGGAUUCGCUACUCUAAUGAAAAAUUUCAACCGCGAAAGGCUUAUGAUAGCCGUCAACGCCAAUUCCCUAGCCCGAAUCUGUUUGAAAGACGCAUAUGGGUAUGCAGUGGACCGUCAGACAUUUGGAAAGCCCUUAAUUACACACCAGACCAUCCGGGCGAAAUUUUCCACCAUCGCUCGGUACCUGGAAUCACACUGGGCGUGGAUCGAGCAGCUGGCGUACCAUAUCAAGGUCAAUAAUGGCGACAUUGAUGAUCUGUCUGCACGCAUAGCAUUGGCCAAAGUCCACGGAGGUCGUUUAUUGGAAAUGGCUAAUCGAGAGGCGCAGCAGAUUUUUGGUGGUGCUGGAUAUCAACGAGGAGGGAUUGGUGGGCGAGUGGAACAGAUCAGCCGAGAUUUGAGGAUUAUGGUUGUUGGUGGCGGAAGUGAGGAAAUCCUCACAGAUCUCGCGACUCCCUCGCCAUUCCGCCUAUCCCGCCGCCAGUCUACGCGCCGUGGUCCACAGUUCGCAACUUCACCUCGGUUCCUUCUCUCCCAACCGCCCAAUGACAUUGACAUACUCGAUGAUGAUGAUUUCAUAUCCACUGCCCCAGUCGCGAGCACUUCUGCAUCACGGCGUAAUGUCGUUCCCCCGCGCUGGAAAAGAGACGUGAUUGAAGAUUACGAUGAAGACGAACUACCCCGAAGCAUCAGUACACAAAGGAGAGGGGAAUUAGCAGAUGAUGCUAUCGAGAGUAGUCAACCAGAAGCUCCCGCAACCCCGGGACUCGUGGACCCAGAGGAGGAGACCGUAUUUGCCUCUAUCGAAGAUGGAAACAAGCGUCGACGCGUCUUGGGACAAAGCUCUCUCACCCAGAAGCUGCGUGAGGACUUGGAUCACACCUCUUCACCAGAGGUUCUGAACCAAGCAGCUCAAGAAUCACCUGCCCCUCAAUCUAGACCUGGAUUCCAACAUCCGAACGUACACGCGACACCUGUGCCAUCGAGACCAGGGGGCAUCGGAACAUCAACUCCAGGUCCUGCGAGCACUCCAUUUCGUAGUAAACCCCGGUUCAUGCUCUCGGGCAGCAGGCCACCAAGUAGUCUGCCUCUUUCGAGCACACAGACACAGGCACCGUCACAAUCUUUAACCCCGCUCGAGAAACGCAAGCCGGCUUUUGUGCUUCCCCGAUCCCCAUCUCCAAAGCCUACGAUAGAAGAUAUCCCGGCGCCAUUCUCGCCUUCUUCGCGCGCCCUUCGUCGUCGGGGAAAACCUCGUGCGGGUGUCUCGAAUUAUUUGCCUGGUGGUAUGGCAGCGGAUGUACGGGGCUGGAUCCUUGAGAUGGGGUCGAAGCGCGAACAGGCACUACAGACUCGAUUACUGCAUGUCAGCUCCGAGGACCGCGCAUCUCAAAUGUCGAGUCGGUAUCUUGUGGCGGCUCGAGUAAUAAGUGUUGAUAACGGGAUGCUUAGUAGCUCAGGUCCACUUGCAUUUAUCAAGGCAGAGGCUGUGAACGAUUCCGCUGAAGAGGGUGCCAAGGUUCUCAAAAUCCUUGCUUUUGGACCUCCUCGCUCUAAACCGCGCACGUCUUCGCGUUCUAUUCCAAUUCACAUCCAACCGGGAGAUUUGUUGGGGUUUCAUCGCGGCUUAGCAUGGAAUAUUGACCUCCACGGCCCUCAGGCUUUCCCAUCUGCUGUAGAAAUGCAGGCGAUUUACUCCCAGGUGGAUGGAGCUGAGAAGUCCAAAGAACGCUGGCUGGUGGCUAUGGAAUGGGACCUGGUGCAGGAAGCUACUUGA